GCAUGUAGGAACCUCGUCUCAACUAACAUGGGGGUGAGGUUCCGGGUCCCGCUGCAGAAGCUUCAUCCUCUGUCUCGUGCCAUCUACCACCGUUACUCUGGAAACAAUAACCCCCACCGGACUCCUCAUCGCACAGCAGCUCGAUAUUUUACCUCCAUGUCUCGGUUGCCGAUGCGGCCGCUGAAACCCCCUCCCAGGUCUGGAGGUCAUAGGUACCAACAGCAACGCAACUUUUGGGUGGCCAGUCUGGCAGCCCGGCUGCUGAGGCUCAGAUACAUCCUGCUGGGAACAGCAGUGGGAGGGGGCUACACAGCUAAGAAGACCUAUGAAGAGUGGAAGGAGAUGCUUCCUGAUUUUAGUGAAUACAACUGGGUCAUUCCAGAUUUUGUCUGGGAACUGAGUGAACAAAUUGAUCUUGAUAAACUGGCCAAGGCACUACCAGAAAUGGAGGACAUGGCCAAACUUCUGCCUGACUUUGAGAAGAUUGGAGAAAAUUUUACUUUCCUUAAAAGUCUUCUUUCUUCCGGUGUGAGUUUGGGUAGUGAAGUCAAAGGAGCGUCUGGUCUGCAUCUUUUGUUAGAAACUUCUGGUGAUCCUGCUCUGAAAGCUACAGAUGCCUCAGCAGGAGCUGCACACGACGCCGGUGACAAGCAGUACAAAAAGGGUCUGCUCGGAGAGCUCAUACUCAUUCAGCAGCAGAUCCAGCAGCACGAGGAGGAGGUCCAGCGGGCCGCUGCAGCCAAUAGCACGCGUUCACCACCCCAAGGUCCUUCUCCGAACCCCAACCCCUCGACUCAGACACGCAAGUCAUCAGACAAAGAAAAACUCGACCAGCUUCAGGAGGAGCUUCUUCGAACUCAGUUAAAGUAUCAGCGCAUGCUGGAAAGACUGGAAAAGGAAAACAAAGAGUUAAGGAAAGUGGUGCUGCAAAAAGAUGAUAAAGGUAUUCAUCAGAGGAAGGUGAAGAAAUCCCUGAUUGACCUUUAUUCUGAAGUCCUUGACAUCCUGUCUGACUACGAUGCCAACUACAAUACCCAGGACCACCUACCCAGGGUGGUUGUGGUUGGAGACCAGAGUGCUGGGAAGACCAGUGUGCUCGAGAUGAUCGCCCAGGCCAGGAUCUUUCCUAGGGGCUCGGGAGAGAUGAUGACACGCUCUCCUGUAAAGGUGACAUUAAGCGAAGGCCCGCACCAUGUUGCCAUGUUUAAAGACAGCGGCCGAGAGUUUGACCUCACCAAAGAGGAGGACCUGGCUGCUCUGAGGCACGAGAUUGAGCUGAGGAUGAGGAAGAGUGUGAAGGAAGGACAGACUGUGAGCUCUGAGACUAUCUCACUGAGUGUUAAAGGACCAGGCAUUCAGAGGAUGGUUCUGGUAGACUUACCUGGUGUCAUAAGUACGGUGACUACGGGCAUGGCAUCAGACACUAAGGAAACCAUCUUCAGCAUGAGCAAGGCCUACAUGCAAAACCCCAAUGCCAUCAUUCUUUGUAUUCAGGAUGGUAGUGUGGAUGCAGAGCGCAGCAUCGUCACAGACCUCGUCAGCCAUAUGGACCCUCACGGGAAAAGGACCAUCUUUGUUCUCACUAAAGUGGACUUGGCUGAGAAGAACCUGGCCAGUCCCAGCAGGAUUCAGCAAAUCGUUGAAGGAAAGCUCUUUCCCAUGAAAGCUCUCGGUUAUUUUGCUGUAGUAACAGGAAAAGGGAGCACCGGUGAAAGCAUUGAUGCAAUUAAAGACUACGAAGAGGACUUCUUCCAGAACUCCAGAUUGCUAAGGGAUGGGAUGCUGAAAGCUCAUCAGGUCACCACUAAGAACUUGAGUCUGGCUGUCUCUGACUGCUUCUGGAAGAUGGUCAGGGAGUCUGUAGAGCAGCAGGCAGAUGUUUUCAAAGCAUCACGGUUCAACCUGGAGACUGAAUGGAAAAACAAUUAUCCUCGUCUGAGAGAACUGGACAGAAACGAACUCUUUGAAAAAGCAAAAAAUGAAAUUUUGGAUGAAGUCAUUAGUUUGAGUCAAGUCACCCCCCAGCACUGGGAGUCUAUUCUGCAGAAGAAGCUCUGGGAACGUGUUUCCACUCAUGUCAUUGAGAACAUCUACCUGCCUGCUGCCCAAACGAUAGACUCUGGGACCUUUAACACAACAGUAGACAUUAAGCUCAAACAGUGGACUGACAAGCAGCUUCCACACAAGGCAUUGGAGGUUGCCUGGGAGACAUUGCAGGAGGAGUUUGCCCGCUUUAUGGCUGAAUACAAAGGCAAAGACCAGGAUGACAUCUUUGACAAGCUGAAGGAGGCAGUGAAGGACGAGGGCAUCAAGCGGCACAAGUGGAAUGAGAGAGCCUUGGACAGCCUGAGGGUGAUCCAACACAAUGCCUUGGAAGACCGGUCCAUCACAGAUAAACCUCAGUGGGACGCCGCAAUCCAGUUCAUGGAGGAAACGCUGCAGUCCCGCCUCAAAGACACUGAAUCUGUGAUAAGAGACAUGGUGGGCCCUGACUGGAAGACAAGGUGGUUCAAUUGGACGAACCGGACACCAGAACAGCAUGUUCGAAAUGAAACCAAGAAUGAGCUGGACCGCUUGCUAAAGCUGCAUGAUGAUCACACCGCCUACCUGGCCAAUGACGAGGUCACCACUGUGAGGAAGAACCUGGAGGGACGGGGGGUAGAAGUCGACCCGGUGCUGAUCAAAGACACAUGGCAUCAGCUUUAUCGCAGACACUUCUUGCAGAAAGCACUGAGCCACUGCAACCUCUGCAAGAGAGGUUUCUAUUACUACCAGAGACACUUUGUUGACUCUGAGCUGGAGUGCAAUGAUGUGGUGUUGUUUUGGAGGAUCCAGAGGAUGCUGGUCAUCACGGCUAACACGCUCCGACAGCAGCUCACUAACACUGAGGUCCGGCGGUUGGAGAAGAAUGUCAAAGAGGUCUUGGAUGACUUUGGGGAAGACAUGGAGAAAAAGACUCAACUCAUCACUGGCCGCAGAGUCCAGCUGGCUGAGGAUCUCAAGAAAGUCCGUGAAAUCCAGGAGAAACUUGAAGCUUUCAUUGAAGCUCUUCACAAAGAGAAGUAACAGAUCCAGAUUAUUGCACUGAACAAAGACAACACAUCUGUAAAUGACCGCCAUCCCCCCCCUUCUGGCUCCAUUUUAUCAUCAGUGACUCUUGGACAUUGAUGGACAAAUUGAUAUAAACAGAAGCAAACAGUGAAGGAAUCAUCAUCCCCUGUUAUUUACCAUCAUAUAUUUUCCCCUGAUCUUUUUUUCUACUUCAGAGGAUCACAAAAACCCGAACACACUGAGACUGAAGAAAUGCAAAUUUCAGCACCCCCUGUCCUCCAUAAUUGAGGACGGCGGCCAUGUUAUGUCCCCUCUUUAAUAUUCUCCUGUCUCAGCUGGUGGCCCUAGAAUAUUAUUCAGUUAUCUUCAUCAAUAGGAAGUAGUUGCACUUAAAAUCCACAGCACCUGGUUCAAACUGAAGCCCGGUUGAAUUUACAGCUCUCUGACCCUCAACAUGCAGUUUAAUACAGCUGUUGUUGUCUUCUGUCACUUCAUUUAUCUCUCUCUGUCUCUCUACGGAUAAGUUAUUGGAACGCAAAAUUGAUUGACAAAUUAUAACAUGUCUUUUUAAAGAGUAAAAUCUGUCUUUUUGUGUUUCCUUUUUUGGUAAUGAAGAUUUUAAACAUUUUCAAUCAGCACCUCUGCAGGUACAUUUGAUUUAAUUUUCUGACUAUAUAAUUGGCUGUCUGCUUCUGGGCCUCUGUCAGAAAUGCUGAUCGGACAUUCUGUGGGAUCAGUGACACAGGUUGGGGUUUUUUUUUCUUCAGAUUGCACCAGAUUUCUCACCUUUUGUCACCAAUGUUCUGUCAGUGUAGAUGUAUGAAAUACAGAAGCAAAAUGCUCUCUGGUUUUCAAUAUGGUAAAAAUAUGAAAGCUCACUUUAUCUACACAGUUGAGACAGAAGCAACUUUUCUCCAUUUCCCUGAUUUCUUUCCUUCCUUCCAAUCACUGUUCAGGGCUCACUGUUCCUAAAACCCAAAAUUCUGCAGUUUUUUUUUUUCAUUUUAAAGACAUUAUGAUUCUUCCCCUCAUCGUCUUUAGCCUGUAUGGAGAAUUGAGUUCAUUACCCGCAUUACUUCAAUCAUUCACUAAGAUGUGAAUAUGGGUGUAUGUACAUAAAUAAUCAAAGUGUGCGUCCUGAACAGAGGAAGAGUUGGGGAGCUACCAUCUUGUACAGCAUGAGGAUCCAGAAGGAGUCUGCUGUGCUACGGAGAAGCUGGUCCUGAAACAUGUUUUAUGUUGUAGAAAGUAACGUGUGCAUGGUGUAACCCCGCCCUCCACAGAUGUGCUUUAUUUAUUUAAUUUGUGUUAAAAUGCAAAUAAAAUUGACGUCAAUAAAUAAAUUUCAUUUUUUUA